AUGACGUCGAGCAUCAUCGUGGGCGUCCGCCAGCAGGUCGUGGCCUUCGCGCCGCCGCUGCGCGAACGCGGGGCGCUGCGGGCCGUCAAGCGCGCAGCUGCAGCAUACACAGACUCCGGCGCAUCGGAUGAUGCCGAUUGCGUGGUUGGAGGCAGCGUGGCCAUCGCAGAUUGGGAGAUUUUCCGCUUUGUGUCAUUCCUGCUGUCCGCUGAGGGAUCAGCCGCGUAUCCGGGCGAGUCGCGGCAGCUACUGACGCUGCUGGUGGCGCGCUGCACGAAGAAGACGGUCAAGCUGCCAGGCAUGGAGGAAUCGAAGACGUUUACUCACUGGGAGGACAGUGCAGCCCGCUAUUCGCUGGCGGAGACUGACCGUGACAAUGUGAGAGCGGUCGUGCUCGUCACGUACCGCCCGAAGCUGUUGCUGCCGCUGUACAUGGCGUCGGCCAGAAGCGCCGUCAAGUUCGUCAAUGCCGUCGUAGCGCUGGUGACGGCCAACGCGUACAUCUCGACGCUGGGCGGCGGCCACUUUUUGUGUCGCCACUUGAACCAGUCGACGCUGCUGGCCAAGCUGCAGAUCGGCAUCUCCAUGGGGCUCAAGGACCCCGUGCUCGAGAGCAAGUGCAGAGUGAAUCUGAUGUACAACGCGCUGCAGCUGGGCAAGUUCAAGCGCGCGAGGCGCAUCUUGAAGUGCGAGGAGCUGGUGGCCGAGCAGCUCGACAGCAGCGAGCUGCGCAAAGUUUGCCACGCUGCGAACGUGUACAUCGACAAGAUGGACCGGCUGCAUCAGGAGCAAGUGCUGUUUCAACGGAAGAGCGGACGCCCGGCAGCGUUGCACGACAACUUCUACCGCCAGAGGAUCUCCGGCCGCCCCAUCAAGACGGUGGACGACCCCACCGCCUCCCAGGUGGACACGGACAUCCGCGCGAUGCAAGACGGCGGCAUCGUGCUGCUGGAGAACGAACGCUCCUGCAAGCAGGAGACCAAGAACGACCCCAAGUUCCCCGGACUGCUGGACCACAGCCCCGACGUCUACAUUAUCGACGCGUUUGGCAUCAGCUACUGCCCGCAAGCGCCCACGAAAAGCGUGGCCAAAUACAAAGGAGGGUGUCAGUGGCUCAUUCGGUGCUGGAAAACACUUCAAGGGAGUGAGGAGAAGGAUAUGCUAGACGCAGCGCUGGAGAUACCCGGAGUGAACCACCCAGCCCCUGGGGUCCCAGAAACGAUCUUCACGAAGAAGCGCGCGACGAGAUCGCUGACGCAGCUGUGGUUUCUGGUGAAGCGGCUCAACGACCGGUACUGGUGCACACCCUCGUACAAUAUCACUCGGUUCGCGAUCUCGCUGAUGCGGUCAAUCGUCUUUGGUGUACUAUAA